AGUGGAAAGAGUUCUGUGUUGGAAAGUCUUGUGGGGAGGGAUCUGCUCCCACGAGGUACUGGAGUUGUCACCCGGAGACCUCUUAUUCUUCAGUUGGUGCAUGUUUCCCCGGAGGAUGGUCGGAAAACAGCUGGAGAUGAAAAUGAGAUAGAUGCUGAAGAGUGGGGUAAAUUUCUUCACACCAAAAAUAAGAUCUAUACAGAUUUUGACGAAAUUCGUCAGGAAAUAGAAAAUGAAACAGAGAGGAUUUCGGGAAAUAAUAAGGGCAUCAGUCCUGAACCUAUUCAUCUGAAGAUUUUUUCAUCUAAUGUCGUAAAUCUGACUCUUGUGGAUUUACCUGGAAUGACAAAGGUGCCUGUUGGUGAUCAGCCUAAGGAUAUUGAACUUCAAAUAAGAGAGCUAAUCCUUCAAUUCAUCAGCAACCCAAAUUCAAUUAUUCUGGCAGUCACAGCUGCUAACACAGACAUGGCCACUUCAGAAGCUCUUAAAAUUGCACGGGAGGUGGAUCCAGAUGGUCGAAGAACUCUUGCUGUUAUCACAAAGCUGGAUCUCAUGGAUGCUGGUACUGAUGCUAUGGAUGUGCUCAUGGGAAGAGUAAUUCCGGUCAAACUUGGCAUCAUUGGAGUAGUGAACAGGAGUCAGUUGGAUAUUAACAAUAAGAAGAGUGUAGCUGAUUCCAUUCGUGAUGAGUAUGGUUUUCUUCAAAAGAAGUAUCCUUCCCUAGCUAAUCGAAAUGGAACCAAAUAUCUUGCUAGAACACUGAACAGACUACUGAUGCAUCAUAUCAGGGAUUGCUUGCCAGAAUUGAAAACCAGAAUUAAUGUCUUAGCUGCUCAGUACCAGUCUCUACUAAACAGCUACGGGGAACCUGUUGAGGACAAAAGUGCCACUUUAUUGCAGCUUAUUACCAAAUUUGCCACAGAAUAUUGUAACACUAUUGAAGGAACAGCAAAAUACAUAGAGACUUCAGAGCUAUGUGGUGGAGCCAGAAUCUGUUACAUUUUUCAUGAGACCUUUGGAAGAACUUUAGAAUCUGUUGACCCGCUGGGUGGCCUUAACACAAUUGAUAUUCUGACUGCCAUUAGAAACGCUACUGGUCCCCGUCCUGCCUUGUUUGUUCCUGAAGUUUCAUUUGAAUUGCUGGUAAAAAGGCAAAUCAAACGUUUAGAAGAACCUAGUUUGCGCUGUGUGGAGCUGGUUCAUGAAGAAAUGCAGAGGAUUAUCCAACAUUGUAGCAAUUACAGUACACAGGAAUUAUUGAGGUUUCCUAAACUGCAUGAUGCCAUAGUUGAAGUAGUAACCUGUCUUCUGCGUAGAAGACUUCCUGUCACAAAUGAAAUGGUUCAUAAUCUGGUGGCCAUUGAGUUAGCUUAUAUCAAUACCAAACAUCCAGACUUUGCUGAUGCCUGUGGUUUAAUGAAUAACAACAUAGAGGAACAAAGGCGUAACAGGUUAGCCCGGGAAUUGCCUUCUGCUGUGCCACGAGAGAAGUCUACUAAAGCUCCAGGUGCAUUGACUCCUGCUUCCCAGGAGACUGUUACUGCUGCUUCUGCUGAGGCUGAUGGCAAGGCUUCCUCUGGAGCGGGAGAUACAUCUCAGGAGCCUGGAACAGGCAACUGGAGAGGAAUGCUGAAAUCCUCAAAAGCAGAAGAGGUAUCAGCAGAGGAAAAAUCCAAGCCAGCUGCAGCCCUUCCUGCUAGUCCUCAAAAAGGACAUGCUGUAAACCUAUUAGAUGUG